UUGUAACUGCAACACAUCGCGCCAAAGAAAACAAAAAACAAAAAACGCAAGUACAGUAAGUAGUACUCUCUUCUCUGCCCCCAGCAAAAAAAAUAGAACAGAAAAGCAGCCGUCGCGCUUUCGCCAUUUCCACGCCGCCGUCGCGUCUCUCCCCUAUCUGCCGCGGCGCCAUGCUCCGGCUACGAAGCUCCAUCCUCGCCCAUCUCCUACCUUCUUCUCCAGCCACCUCUCCCGCAUCCCCUCUCCGCCGCCUCCUCUCCGUCUCUGCCGUAGCGCCCGCAAUCUCCCCAAGCGCCGGAUUCGCCGCGGAGGACUACCUCAUCGCCAACCGCGGCCUAACCCGACCUCAGGCCCUCAAGCCCUCACGGAAGCUCUCCCACCUCAAAUCCCCCACCGAUCCCGACGCCGUCCUCGCCUUCCUCGCCGGCCUCGGCCUCUCCGAUGCCGAUGUCGCUGCCGUCGUCGCCAAGGACCCGCAGCUCCUCUGCGCCAAGGUGGAGAAAACCCUGGCCCCCAAUGUCGCGGAGCUCACCGGCCUCGGUCUCUCGCGCCCUGAGAUCGUGCGCCUCGUCUCGCUCGCCGACGCCACUUUCCGCUGUAGAUCCAUCAUCUCCGGCCUGCACUACUGCUUGCCCCUCUUCGGCUCCUCCGAGAACCUCCUUCGAGCCCUCAAGAGUGGCUCUGUUCUCGGCUCCGACCUCGAGCGGGUGGUCAAGCCCAAUGUCACCUUCCUGCAGGAGAAGAAAAUUACUAAGGAUGAAUGUGUAGGUGUGGUUUUCAAGACGAAAUAUGAUAACUAUAAAAAGAAAUGCAAAAAAAUCGUAUUGAAUGUACAACGUUACUUGGUUUGCGAUAUUGCCAAGCUCUACGUAAUUAGGCCAUCGCCGCUCAGCAUCAGCACGGAACGCAUCCGGGCAGCAGUGGCCUGCGCCGAAGGUCUUAGUGUACCCCGUAGAUCUCCGAUGUUCAGACAUGCGCUACAAGCUGUUGCAUUCCUCAGCGAGGAGAAAAUCGCCGCCAAAGUGGAGCACUUGAAGAAAGCGUUCAGGUGGUCGGAUGCCGAGGUGGGAAUUGCUUUUUCAAAGGCUCCAGCGUUGCUCAUGAGGGCUAAGGAAUCGCUGCAGCGCAGGUCCGAGUUCCUCAUCAACGAGGUGGGCUUGCAACCAGCUUACAUUGCUCAACAGCCGGCAAUUGUCUGUUACAGCCUAGAGGGGCGGCUCAGGCCCCGGUACUAUGUUGUAAAGUUUCUCAAGGAAAAUGGAUUCCUCAUGCGUGACCCGAGCUACAGUUCUGUUUUCAAGGAGUCUGAGAAGGUAUUCAGGGAGAAGUUCAUAUGCCCUUAGAAGGAAGCUGCACCACACCUCGAAGAAGUCUAUGAUGCUGCUUGUAAAGGGGAACUGUCGACUAAUUUCAGAUUCACAUGAGCCAAGAACGGGCUAUGAUCUGGUUGUUCGCUGUUGUAUGACUCUUAGGUGCUGGGUUGGUCGUUGCUAAUGUGUGAUGGAAUUGUUAAUUUGAUCCCUGAAUACUGAUUUGUAGUGUCAUCACUCAGCAGAGAAGAAACCAUGGAUCGGUUAUGAACUUUUUUGUCCUCAUUCAUGUUUUUAAACACACAUAUUGAAACUAAGUGUGAGAUCAGGCCA